GGAUGGAUGGAAAGGACAGAUCAAUUAAUUAAUUUCCGAAGUAUUGAGGUAUUGCUCUUCUAAUCCUCCUUUCUUUCCUUCCUUUUCUUCUUUUCUUGUCUUUCCCGCUCAUCUCGACUCAACCCGUGGUUGUCCGGCCCACCAGUGUUUUGACAUCCCGCUUUCGUCGCUUUCGUCGGCUCACUUGUCUGUUCGAGGAAUCCAACACUGUCUCACUUCCUAUUGCAGUAACUCGGUUGUUUUCAGUGAUGAGAUAAUUUCAUCUCACCUAACCCAACACUUAACUCCCUCCGCACCUUCCAUCUCACCACCUCAUCUCAUCUCAUCCAAGCGUGUCCCGCCGGAGGACCAAUCUACACAAAACACCCAAAAUGGCCGACGAAACGGACAUCCCAGCCCCCCCACCACACAGAUACUCCCACAACACCCGCGAAAACCACACAGUAACACCAGGCGUGGAUAACCUCGGACCCGCCUCAGCAGGCGGCGGAAUAAGCGGCAUCGCACUAGGAAUCGCAAACACGCACGACCGCCAAAGCGGCCUGGACGCCUCACGCGGCAUCACCGACCACACCUACACCUAUCCCGCAGAACGAGACUACAACACCUCCGGCUCAGACAACCCCUACGUGCCCUCGGCCGGCUACACCAGCGCCGAUACUCUCCACCACAACUCCUACGGCUCUGGCAUGGCGCUAGGCGGCGCGGCUGCCUCGCCGGGCUUCCAGACUCCUACCCAGUCAUCGUCGCACCUGAGUGAGUCGCGCGUUAUGGGCGACCAAUAUCCCGCAGCGUAUCAGAGUAUCAGUGAUGGGCCGUACCAGCGUCAUUCUGGGUAUGGGGGAUCUGAGAUGUCGAAUAUUAAUCCGGAUGAUAUUGCCGAUGAUGGCGAUGAGGAUUUCGGGCCAAGGGGGCGGAAUAAUCGUGGUCUGCCUGCUGCUGCUGCUGGAGCUGGUGGAGGCGCUGCGGCUGGAGGGCUUUUGACUGGGUUCUUUGGGCGGGAGAAGAAUGCGGAUGUGGCAUACGAUGCUGUGCCUGGGGGUGGACUUGAGAGCGGGGAUAGCGAGGGGAAGACGCCGGGUAAGGGGAUGGAUGGGCGCAAGAAGAUGGGGUGGAUUGUUGGGCUUGUGCUUGGGUUUGUGAUUCUCGGGGCUAUUGUCGGUGGUGCUGUUGGUGGUACUAUUGGCAGUCGGCACAAGGAGGAUAAAUCCACCAGUGCACAGACUGCCACAGAUGAUUCCAAAAACAAUGGGGAUCUUGACAAGGAUUCUUCUGAGAUCAAGGCUCUGCUGAACAAUGAUGAGCUGCACAAGGUCUUCCCUGGUGUGGACUAUACGCCUUGGGGUGUUCAGUAUCCCGAUUGCCUCAAGUGGCCGCCAUCGCAGAACAAUGUCACUCGUGACAUGGCUGUUCUGUCGCAGCUGACAAACACUGUUCGUUUGUACGGUACGGAUUGCAAUCAGACCGAGAUGGUUCUGCAUGCGAUUGACCGACUGGAGCUCAAGGAUAUGAAGCUCUGGCUUGGUGUGUGGAUCGACUCGAACACCACCAGCACCGAGCGUCAACUGAAUCAUCUCUACAAGAUCCUCGAUGACACCAAAGACACAUCCUUGUACAAGGGUAUUAUCGUCGGAAACGAAGCACUCUAUCGCGCCGGUCCAGACAAACAAACUGCCGAGAAGACCCUGAUCUCGUACAUUGAAGACGUCACAAGCGAGGUCAAGAAGCGCAGCCUCAAACUGCCAAUUGCCACCUCUGAUCUCGGCGAUAACUGGAACUCCCAACUGGUGGAUGCUGUCGACGUGGUCAUGUCCAAUGUGCACCCCUUCUUCGCGGGCGUGAGUGUCGACGUGGCUGCGGCCUGGACCUGGGACUUCUGGCAGACUCACGAUGUCUCCUUGACAAGCGGCACCAGCAAGAAGCAAAUUAUCUCCGAAGUUGGAUGGCCCAGCGGUGGAGGCAAGGACUGCGGUGAAAGCCCAGAGUGCGAUGAUACCACACCUGGCUCUGUUGCCAGUGUUGACAACAUGAACUCGUUCAUGUUAGACUGGGUUUGCCAGGCACUGGAUAAUGGAACCGAUUACUUCUGGUUCGAGGCUUUUGAUGAACCCUGGAAAAUCCAAUUCAACGAAAAGGGCAAAGAAUGGGAAGACAAAUGGGGUCUCAUGGACUCCGCCCGCAAAAUCAAACCGGGCCUCAAGAUCCCCGAUUGCGGCGGCAAGACUGCGUCUUAAUUUUGAUAUCCGACCCACCUCACUUUACCGUACAGCGUGGCUCUUCGUUAUGGGAUCAUGAUCGUGAAACAUUUCACUUUGUGUAUACUUUGUACUGUUUGCUCUGGCGUUGUCUGCUUUCUGUUUUCUAUUCUCCUAUUGAACCACUUUCAUAACGGCGGAAACUUUAGAUAUCCAAACUCCUUCACUCCUUUUACCCUUGCAUGUCUUCU